UCAUCAGUCCUGUGGUUCUAGCAAACAUGGGGACACGACACCUAGGAAUAUUAGCAAUACUACUAAUAUUGCCUUUAGGGCUUCUGUGCUCGAGCAUUGGCAGUGUUCCAAAUGUAGAAGAAGAAACAGAACCUUUAUAUCCCGAUGCUGUGGCCGAAGCCGAUGCUGGCCCGAUAGCUCGAGCGUUUGCAGCGGCAUUUAAUACGUUUUCAGAAGCCUUAAACAGUCGGGAUAAAAGAUCAACUUCGGAUGCAGACGCGUCUGCUUUUUCUUCUACUGAAGGAGGAGGUGACAGUCAAGCUGCUGCAUCGGCGGAAUCUGAGGAUGAUUCAAGUGAUGAUGAUAGCGAAUCGUCUGCAUCAAGUUCAGCAACAUCUACCGAUUACGAUUCCGAAGACAAUGAAGAUGAAGCAUCAGCAAGUGCCGAGUCAUCUACAUCGGAUGAUGGGGGUAAAUCGCCUGAAGAGAGUGAAGCAAAUGCAGAGGCCGAGUCGAAAACGAAUGGCGGUGGUGGUAAAACUGCAGGAUCUGCCUCAGCAGUAACUGAAGUUACAAAUGGCGGAACUGCCUCUGCAGCCAGCGCAGCGUCAGCUAGUGAUGAAGAAAGCGAGCCUGGCGAGGAAGGCACGACUGGCGAUGAUGACGAUGGCGAGGAAGGCCCGACUGGCGAUGAUGACGAUGGCGAGGAAGGCCCGACUGGCGAUGAUGACAAUGGCGAGGAAGGCCCGACUGGCGAUGAUGACGAUGGCGAGGAAGGCCCGACUGGCGAUGAUGACGAUGGCGAGGAAGGCCCGACUGGCGAUGAUGACAAUGGCGAGGAAGGCCCGACUGGCGAUGAUGACGAUGGCGAGGAAGGCCCGACUGGCGAUGAUGACGAUGGCGAGGAAGGCCCGACUGGCGAUGAUGACAAUGGCGAGGAAGGCCCGACUGGCGAUGAUGACGAUGGCGAGGAAGGCCCGACUGGCGAUGAUGACAAUGGCGAGGAAGGCCCAACUGGCGAUGAUGACGAUGGCGAGGAAGGCCCGACUGGCGAUGAUGACAAUGGCGAGGAAGGCCCGACUGGCGAUGAUGACAAUGGCGAGGAAGGCCCGACUGGCGAUGAUGACGAUGGCGAGGAAGGCCCGACUGGCGAUGAUGACGAUGGCGAGGAAGGCCCGACUGGCGAUGAUGACGAUGGCGAGGGAGGUGCUACAACAAAUGAAUCAGGCGGUAAUGGACCUGAUAAUGGGGGAGGAAGUAGUCCAGGAAGCGGAACAGAAGGCAAACCAGACAGCGGAUCGGGAAGCAGCCCAGACAGUGGAAAAGACAAUUCUGGUAGUACGGCAGAUACUAGUGGAUCAGCAGUUGCUUCUGGACCAAAUUCUCAGGCGUCCAGUGCAGGAUCAGCCAAUAGUGGUGAAGACAACUCCUCGGCUUCCUCAGCGGUUUCAGCAGUAACGAGCGGCGAAGGACAAGCAUCCGCUUCAGCCGCAUCAAGUGCUACAACAAACGAAUCAGGCGGUAAUGGACCUGAUAAUGGGGGAGGAAGUAGUCCAGGAAGCGGAACAGAAGACAAACCAGGCAGCGGAUCGGGAAGCAGCCCAGACAGUGGAAAAGACAAUUCUGGUAGUACGGCAGAUACUAGUGGAUCAGCAGUUGCUUCUGGACCAAAUUCUCAGGCGUCCAGCGCAGGAUCAGCCAAUAGUGGUGAAGACAACUCCUCGGCUUCCUCAGCGGUUUCAGCAGUAACGAGCGGCGAAGGACAAGCAUCCGCUUCAGCCGCAUCAAGUGCUACAACAAAUGAAUCAGGCGGUAAUGGACCUGAUAAUGGGGGAGGAAGUAGUCCAGGAAGCGCACCAGAAGGCAAACCAGGCUGCGGAUCGGGAAGCAAUCCAAGCAGUGGAACGGGAGGCGGCUCAGGCAGUGGUAGUUCCGCAGCUGCUAGUGGAACAGCAGUUGCUUCGGGCCAAAAUGCUAGCUCUUCCGGUGUAGCAUCAGCUAAUAGUGGUGAAGGCAACGCCUCGGCUUCUUCAGCGGCUUCAGCAGAAUCCAGUGGCAAAGGCGGAAAAGCAUCGGGUGCAGCCGCAUCAAGUGCUACAACUUAUGAAUCAGGCGGUAGUCCAGAAAGCGAACCGGGAGGCAGCCCAGGCGGUGGACCAGGAAACAGCCCAGGCAAUGAACCAGGAAGCAGCCCAAGCAGUGGGUCAGGAAACAGCCCAGGCGGUGAACCAGGAAGCAGCACAGGUAGUGGACCAGAAAGCAGUCCAGGAGGCAGCCCAGGCAGUGAACCAGGAAGCAGUCCAGGAGGCAGCACAGGCAGUUCACCAGGAAGCAGCCCAGGAAACAGCCCUGGCAGUGCAUCAGGAGGCAGCCCAGGUAGUGCACCAGGAAGCAGCACAGGCAGUGGACCAGAAAGCAGUCCAGGAGGCAGCCCAGGCAGUGAACCAGGAAGCAGCCCAGGCAGUGAACCAGGAAGCAGCCCAAGCAGUGGGUCAGGAAACAGCCCAGGAGGCAGCCCAGGCAGUGCACCAGGAGGCAGCCCAGGCAGUGAACCAGGAAGCAGCCCAGGCAGUGAACCAGGAAGCAGCCCAAGCAGUGGGUCAGGAAACAGCACAGGCGGUGAACCAGGAAGCAGCACAGGUAGUGGACCAGAAAGCAGUCCAGGAGGCAGCCCAGGCAGUGAACCAGGAAGCAGUCCAGGAGGCAGCACAGGCAGUUCACCAGGAAGCAGCCCAGGAAACAGCCCUGGCAGUCCAUCAGGAGGCAGCCCAGGCAGUGCACCAGGAAGCAGCACAGGCAGUGGACCAGAAAGCAGUCCAGGAGGCAGCCCAGGCAGUGAACCAGGAAGCAGCCCAGGCAGUGAACCAGGAAGCAGCCCAAGCAGUGGGUCAGGAAACAGCCCAGGAGGCAGCCCAGGCAGUGCACCAGGAGGCAGCCCAGGCAGUGAACCAGGAAGCAGCCCAGGCAGUGAACCAGGAAGCAGCCCAAGCAGUGGGUCAGGAAACAGCCCAGGCGGUGAACCAGGAAGCAGCACAGGUAGUGGACCAGAAAGCAGUCCAGGAGGCAGCCCAGGCAGUGAACCAGGAAGCAGUCCAGGAGGCAGCACAGGCAGUUCACCAGGAAGCAGCCCAGGAAACAGCCCUGGCAGUCCAUCAGGAGGCAGCCCAGGCAGUGCACCAGGAAGCAGCACAGGCAGUGGACCAGAAAGCAGUCCAGGAGGCAGCCCAGGCAGUGAACCAGGAAGCAGCCCAGGCAGUGAACCAGGAAGCAGCCCAAGCAGUGGGUCAGGAAACAGCCCAGGAGGCAGCCCAGGCAGUGCACCAGGAGGCAGCCCAGGCAGUGAACCAGGAAGCAGCCCAGGCAGUGAACCAGGAAGGAGCCCAAGCAGUGGGUCAGGAAACAGCCCAGGCGGUGAACCAGGAAGCAGCACAGGUAGUGGACCAGAAAGCAGUCCAGGAGGCAGCCCAGGCAGUGAACCAGGAAGCAGUCCAGGAGGCAGCACAGGCAGUUCACCAGGAAGCAGCCCAGGAAACAGCCCUGGCAGUGCAUCAGGAGGCAGCCCAGGCAGUGCACCAAAAAGCAGCACAGGCAGUGGACCAGAAAGCAGUCCAGGAGGCAGCCCAGGCAAUGAACCAGGAAGUAGCCCAAGCAGUGGGUCAGGUAACAGCCCAGGCGGUGAACCAGGAAGCAGCACAGGCAGUGGACCAGGAAGCAGUCCAGGAGGCAGCCCAGGCAGUGAACCAGGAAGCAGCCCAGGCAGUGAACCAGGAAGCAGCCCAGGCAGUGCACCAGAAAACAGUCCAGGAGGCAAACCAAGUAGCGGAUCGGGAGGAAAACCAGGCAGUGGAUCGGGAAGCAACCCAGGCAGUGGAACGGAAGGCGGCUCAGGCAGUGCACCAGGAAGCAGCACAGGCAGUGGACCAGAAAGCAGUCCAGGAGGCAGCCCAGGCAGUGAACCAGGAAGCAGCCCAGGCAGUGAACCAGGAAGCAGCCCAAGCAGUGGAUCAGGAAACAGCCCAGGAGGCAGCCCAGGCAGUGCACCAGGAGGCAGCCCAGGCAGUGAACCAGGAAGCAGCCCAGGCAGUGAACCAGGAAGCAGCCCAAGCAGUGGGUCAGGAAACAGCCCAGGCGGUGAACCAGGAAGCAGCACAGGUAGUGGACCAGAAAGCAGUCCAGGAGGCAGCCCAGGCAGUGAACCAGGAAGCAGUCCAGGAGGCAGCACAGGCAGUUCACCAGGAAGCAGCCCAGGAAACAGCCCUGGCAGUCCAUCAGGAGGCAGCCCAGGCAGUGCACCAGGAAGCAGCACAGGCAGUGGACCAGAAAGCAGUCCAGGAGGCAGCCCAGGCAGUGAACCAGGAAGCAGCCCAGGCAGUGAACCAGGAAGCAGCCCAAGCAGUGGGUCAGGAAACAGCCCAGGAGGCAGCCCAGGCAGUGCACCAGGAGGCAGCCCAGGCAGUGAACCAGGAAGCAGCCCAGGCAGUGAACCAGGAAGCAGCCCAAGCAGUGGGUCAGGAAACAGCCCAGGAGGCAGCCCAGGCAGUGCACCAGGAGGCAGCCCAGGCAGUGAACCAGGAAGCAGCCCAGGCAGUGAACCAGGAAGCAGCCCAAGCAGUGGGUCAGGAAACAGCCCAGGCGGUGAACCAGGAAGCAGCACAGGUAGUGGACCAGAAAGCAGUCCAGGAGGCAGCCCAGGCAGUGAACCAGGAAGCAGCCCAGGCAGUGAACCAGGAAGCAGCCCAAGCAGUGGGUCAGGAAACAGCACAGGCGGUGAACCAGGAAGCAGCACAGGUAGUGGACCAGAAAGCAGUCCAGGAGGCAGCCCAGGCAGUGAACCAGGAAGCAGCCCAGGCAGUGAACCAGGAAGCAGCCCAAGCAGUGGGUCAGGAAACAGCCCAGGAGGCAGCCCAGGCAGUGCACCAGGAGGCAGCCCAGGCAGUGAACCAGGAAGCAGCCCAGGCAGUGAACCAGGAAGCAGCCCAAGCAGUGGGUCAGGAAACAGCCCAGGCGGUGAACCAGGAAGCAGCACAGGUAGUGGACCAGAAAGCAGUCCAGGAGGCAGCCCAGGCAGUGAACCAGGAAGCAGUCCAGGAGGCAGCACAGGCAGUUCACCAGGAAGCAGCCCAGGAAACAGCCCUGGCAGUCCAUCAGGAGGCAGCCCAGGCAGUGCACCAGGAAGCAGCACAGGCAGUGGACCAGAAAGCAGUCCAGGAGGCAGCCCAGGCAGUGAACCAGGAAGCAGCCCAGGCAGUGAACCAGGAAGCAGCCCAAGCAGUGGGUCAGGAAACAGCCCAGGAGGCAGCCCAGGCAGUGCACCAGGAGGCAGCCCAGGCAGUGAACCAGGAAGCAGCCCAGGCAGUGAACCAGGAAGGAGCCCAAGCAGUGGGUCAGGAAACAGCCCAGGCGGUGAACCAGGAAGCAGCACAGGUAGUGGACCAGAAAGCAGUCCAGGAGGCAGCCCAGGCAGUGAACCAGGAAGCAGUCCAGGAGGCAGCACAGGCAGUUCACCAGGAAGCAGCCCAGGAAACAGCCCUGGCAGUGCAUCAGGAGGCAGCCCAGGCAGUGCACCAAAAAGCAGCACAGGCAGUGGACCAGAAAGCAGUCCAGGAGGCAGCCCAGGCAAUGAACCAGGAAGUAGCCCAAGCAGUGGGUCAGGUAACAGCCCAGGCGGUGAACCAGGAAGCAGCACAGGCAGUGGACCAGGAAGCAGUCCAGGAGGCAGCCCAGGCAGUGAACCAGGAAGCAGCCCAGGCAGUGAACCAGGAAGCAGCCCAGGCAGUGCACCAGAAAACAGUCCAGGAGGCAAACCAAGUAGCGGAUCGGGAGGAAAACCAGGCAGUGGAUCGGGAAGCAACCCAGGCAGUGGAACGGAAGGCGGCUCAGGCAGUGCACCAGGAAGCAGCACAGGCAGUGGACCAGAAAGCAGUCCAGGAGGCAGCCCAGGCAGUGAACCAGGAAGCAGCCCAGGCAGUGAACCAGGAAGCAGCCCAAGCAGUGGAUCAGGAAACAGCCCAGGAGGCAGCCCAGGCAGUGCACCAGGAGGCAGCCCAGGCAGUGAACCAGGAAGCAGCCCAGGCAGUGAACCAGGAAGCAGCCCAAGCAGUGGGUCAGGAAACAGCCCAGGAGGCAGCCCAGGCAGUGCACCAGGAGGCAGCCCAGGCAGUGAACCAGGAAGCAGCCCAGGCAGUGAACCAGGAAGCAGCCCAAGCAGUGGGUCAGGAAACAGCCCAGGCGGUGAACCAGGAAGCAGCACAGGUAGUGGACCAGAAAGCAGUCCAGGAGGCAGCCCAGGCAGUGAACCAGGAAGCAGUCCAGGAGGCAGCACAGGCAGUUCACCAGGAAGCAGCCCAGGAAACAGCCCUGGCAGUGCAUCAGGAGGCAGCCCAGGCAGUGCACCAAAAAGCAGCACAGGCAGUGGACCAGAAAGCAGUCCAGGAGGCAGCCCAGGCAGUGAACCAGGAAGCAGCCCAGGCAGUGAACCAGGAAGCAGCCCAAGCAGUGGGUCAGGAAACAGCCCAGGAGGCAGCCCAGGCAGUGAACCAGGAAGCAGCCCAGGCAGUGAACCAGGAAGCAGCCCAAGCAGUGGGUCAGGAAACAGCCCAGGAGGCAGCCCAGGCAGUGCACCAGGAGGCAGCCCAGGCAGUGAACCAGGAAGCAGCCCAGGCAGUGAACCAGGAAGCAGCCCAAGCAGUGGGUCAGGAAACAGCCCAGGAGGCAGCCCAGGCAGUGCACCAGGAGGCAGCCCAGGCAGUGAACCAGGAAGCAGCCCAGGCAGUGAACCAGGAAGCAGCCCAAGCAGUGGGUCAGGAAACAGCCCAGGAAGCAGCACAGGCAGUGGACCAGGAAGCAGUCCAGGAGGCAGCCCAGGCAGUGAACCAGGAAGCAGCCCAGGCAGUGAACCAGGAAGCAGCCCAGGCAGUGCACCAGAAAACAGUCCAGGAGGCAAACCAAGUAGCGGAUCGGGAGGAAAACCAGGCAGUGGAUCGGGAAGCAACCCAGGCAGUGGAACGGGAGGCGGCUCAGGCAGUGGUAGUUCCGCAGCUGCUAGUGGAACAGCAGUUGCUUCGGGCCAAAAUGCUAGCUCUUCCGGUGUAGCAUCAGCUAAUAGUGGUGAAGGCAACGCCUCGGCUUCUUCAGCGGCUUCAGCAGAAUCCAGUGGCAAAGGCGGAAAAGCAUCGGGUGCAGCCGCAUCAAGUGCUACAACUUAUGAAUCAGGCGGUAACGGAACUGGUAAUAGUGGAGGAAGUAGUCCAGAAAGCGAACCGGGAGGCAGCCCAGGCGGUGGACCAGGAAACAGCCCAGGCAAUGAACCAGGAAGCAGCCCAAGCAGUGGGUCAGGAAACAGCCCAGGCGGUGAACCAGGAAGCAGCACAGGAGGCAGCCCAGGCAGUGAACCAGGAAGCAGCCCAGGCAGUGAACCAGGAAGCAGCUCAAGCAGUGGGUCAGGAAACAGCCCAGGAAACAGCCCUGGCAGUGCAUCAGGAGGCAGCCCAGGCAGUGCACCAGGAAGCAGCACAGGCAGUGGACCAGAAAGCAGUCCAGGAGGCAGCCCAGGCAGUGAACUAGGAAGCAGCCCAGGCAGUGAACCAGGAAGCAGCCCAAGCAGUGGGUCAGGAAACAGCCCAGGAAGCAGCCCAGGCAGUGAACCAGGAAGCAGUCCAGGAGACAACCCAGGCAGUGGAUCAGGAAACAGCCCAGGAGGCAGCCCAGGCAAUGCACCAGGAGGCAGCCCAGGAAACAGCCCUGGCAGUGCACCAGGAGGCAGCCCAGACAGUGGACCAGGAAGCAGCACAGGCAGUGGAUCAGGAAGCAGUCCAGAAGGCAGCCCAGGCAGUGAACCAGGAAGCAGCCCAGGCAGUGAACCAGGAAGUAGCCCAAGCAGUGAACCAGGAAGCAGCCCAGACAGUGGACCAGGAAACAGUUCAGGAGGCAAACCAAGUAGCGGAUCGGGAGGCACACCAGGCAGUGAAUUAGGAAGCAGCCCAAGCAGUGGACCAGAAAGUAGUCCAGAAGGCAGCCCAGGCAGUUCACCAGGAAGCAGCCCAGGAAACAGCCCUGGCAGUGCACCAGGAAGCAGCACAGGCAGUGGACCAGAAAGCAGUCCAGGAGGCAGCCCAGGCAGUGAACCAGGAAGCAGCCCAGGCAGUGAACCAGGAAGCAGCCCAAGCAGUGGGUCAGGAAACAGCCCAGGAAGCAGCCCAGGCAGUGAACCAGGAAGCAGUCCAGGAGACAACCCAGGCAGUGGAUCAGGAAACAGCCCAGGAGGCAGCCCAGGCAAUGCACCAGGAGGCAGCCCAGGAAACAGCCCUGGCAGUGCACCAGGAGGCAGCCCAGACAGUGGACCAGGAAGCAGCACAGGCAGUGGAUCAGGAAGUAGCCCAAGCAGUGAACCAGGAAGCAGCCCAGACAGUGGACCAGAAAGCAGCCCAGGAGGCAAACCAAGUAGUGGAUCGGGAGGCAAACCAGGAGGGAAACCAGGUUGCGACGUGGUUGGUGCAAUAAAUGACGUCUUGAUAUCUGAAGGAGCCAUUAUAAAAGAGUUGGAAAACUUCUUAACACGUCAUAAAAAAUUACCAAAUAAGAUUGAAUUUACUACAAUAAGAAGGAAGAUUCCAAGGAGACGCGGCAGAAGGAGGGGACCUCAUCUAUGUAUUUGCAACAACGUUAUUUAAUUGGGAUGAAAGGAAAAGCAGAUUUCUUCUGGCAUCAAACGAAAACGAUCUUUGAAGAUAAUGAAAAUACGAUAUACGAUGCCAUGAACACAUAAUGCGAGGAUUACGGACAUCGAGUUAUGACUCUACUGCACUUCAUUUACAUAUUUUUUUUUCCUAGUUUGAUAAUCAUUGGUGGUGGUAUAUUUUAAUCGCAUAAUACAUUAUUCAGCAAUUAUAAA